AUGGCGCAAAGGUCCGUUCCAGCGCCGUUUCUGACAAAAACUUACCAAUUGGUGGAUGAUCCAAGCACAGAUGAAGUGAUAUCGUGGAACGAAAGUGGCACAACCUUUGUUGUGUGGAAAACUGCUGAUUUUGCUAAGGAUUUGCUUCCUAAUUAUUUCAAACACAACAACUUCUCAAGCUUUGUUCGCCAACUCAAUACCUAUGGCUUUAGGAAAAUUGUGCCAGAGAAAUGGGAAUUCGCCAACGAGAAUUUCCGGCGAGGACAGAAAGAGCUCCUUGCCGAGAUCCGCCGCCGGAAGGCAUCGGCUACGUCUCCGACUACGGAAACCUCGCCUGCCGGAAAAUCCGGAGGCGCAUCCUUGUCGUCCAACUCCGGAGAGGACCUGGGGUCCACGUCCACAUCAUCACCGGAUUCGAAGAACCCGGGAUCGGUCGAAACGGCAGCGACACAUGUCGCCGAUUUAUCGGGCGAGAAUGAUAAGUUGAGGAAAGAUAACGAGAUAUUGAUUAGUGAACUCGCGCAAGCUAAGAAACAAUGCGAGGAGUUGGUUGCUUUUCUGACCGAUUAUGUUAAGGUGGGCCCUGACCAAAUCAAUGGCAUCAUGCAAUGUGGUGGGUCCACGUGUGAUGGUGGGGCCGAUGUUGGCGAUAAUCACAGUGAUGAUGACGACGACGAUGACGAAAAAAACCGAGUAAUGAUCAUGAUGGCGGAGAAGGGGAAGGCUUGA